AUGAGGAAAGAAAGAGGCCAAAACAAAGAAAAAGCUCUGGCUCCGGUACACCCUCCGAUAUCUGGUACGCUGGACAGGAAUGCGAAGAAUCACAAUGCCGAUUCCAUACCACCAGCUUUUAUCAGGCACUUCAAUGGAGCCAUACCAAAGAAGGCCAUUCUCUUUGAUCAUACUAAGAAGCCUUGGGAUGUCACACUGGAGCAAACUGAAGGGCGCUUGUGUUUUAAGAAUGGCUGGCAAUGCUUUGCUAGUGAUCACUCUCUGGAGCUCGGAGACUUUCUAGUUUUUAAAUACAAUAGAAAUUCUUCGUUUGAAGUGAAAAUAUUCAGUAAAUAUGGAUGCAAGAAGGGAGAAACUGUGGCUAUUGAUAAGACUAUUCCAUUUGUGGAUUUGGAACAAGAUUCUAAACCAGAGGAAACUUGCAGAAGACCCCCCACUGAUGUUGGCAAGCGAAAGCAUUCGGAAAUGGGCAUCAAGAAAAACGAAGAGCCAGGCUCAUCUAUAGGUGGUCGGCUUAAAUCGAGAAGAAGUGUUGAAACAAAUCUAGAAGAACAGAAUAUCCCAAAAGUUGGUGGAUUUGUUGCACCAAAGAAUCCAUACUUUGUGGUGGCCUUUGUUAAACAUAUGCGGUAUAGGUUGGAUGUUAACAGAUGGGUGAUAAAGGCAUUUAACAUCAGAUUGGAGGAAAACAUGGUGAUUCGUGAUCAAAACAGAAAUCAGUGGCCAGUGAAAGUGAGGUUCAGAGAUGAUGGCCGAUUCGCUCUUGGCAGAGGAUGGUCUGAUUUCAGAAAGGAGAACAACUUACAAGUAAGAGACCAAUGUGUGUUUGAGUUUGUCCUUGGAAGGGGAAAUACAUGCAAGGAAAUUCAUGUUCAAAUUCUUCGUGGAAAUGCAAGAUUAAAGAACCUUCCUCGCCAUUCGGAUUUGCAGAAGAAUGGAUGAAUAUAUGAAAUACCAAUGGUGGGUUUUUUUGUGUUGACCAGCGUGUUGGCUAUAGUUGAAGCUUUUUAAUUUCUUGUUUCUUUUUAUUCUUAC